AUGGACAAGGCUAGAAUCCUACUUGUGGGCUGCGGCGGUAUUGGCUGCAUGGCCGCCCUGAACCUGGAAUACGGUGGACGAGCUGCUGUCACAGCUGUCUUGCGCUCUAGCUAUCGAAUCGUCAAGGAGUCUGGUUUUACCAUAAAUUCAGUCGAUCACGGACAAGUUCGUGGGUUUCGACCAACCGAGAUCCUAAACUCCGUGCCUGACGUCUCUCAAGCCGGUGUCACUCCCUUUGACUACAUCAUUUGUGCCACUAAAAACAUGCCGGACAUUGGCCCGUCUAUUGCUGACCUUAUCCGUCCUGCUGUCACUCCGGGUCAUUCUACUAUCUUGUUGCUUCAGAAUGGACUCAAUAUCGAGGUACCCCUGUUCGAAGCAUUCCCCGACAACGUUAUCCUCUCGGGAAUCAGCAUCUGUGGCUCCUCGGAGCCGGUCACUGGGACAAUCGAACACACGCUUCACGACGAGUUGCGCGUUGGCCCGUUUCGCGACGAGGGCGACGCUGCUGAUCGAGCUAGGGAUUUCGUCGCUCGGUAUAGCGCCGGAGGACGUUGUACCUGCCACUUCGACUCCAAUGUUGCCUUUUCGCGCUGGCGAAAGCUUCUCUACAACGCUGUCUAUAACCCAGUUGGUGCCUUGACGGAUCUUGAUACGGGCGACAUGCAACUUUGCCCUGGACUCGUUGACGAUGUCGUUCGGCCUGCGAUGAAGGAGAUCCAGGCUGCGGCGGCCGCCUACGGACAAGAUAUUCCGGACGAUGCUAUAGAAGCAAUGAUCACGACGGAACCUAUCGAAGCUCAUGUUCCACCAAGUAUGCUUGUCGAUGUGCGAAAGGGGCAAUACAUCGAGUUUGAGAACCUCAUUGGUGAGCCCCUCAGGGCUGCUAAAGCUCGUCAAGUCCAGACUCCCAUCUUGCAAAAUCUAUACUCCUUGGCGAGGAGUUAUCAGUGGAAGGUCAAAGCAAAGCGCUCGGCUUGA